AUGUCAGACUCAGACGAUGAUCUCCCUCCUCCUCUUGAGGAUAUGACGGAAAAGGUUGAGAAAAUGUCGAUCAGAAAGCAAAACUACCUGAAUGUUGUAAAGGACAAAGAGGAGAGCAAAAGUUAUUGCUCCUCUGAUUUUUCCCAACCUACUGUAAUCCCUUCAUCAGAAACUGUGAUUCAGGCUAGUGAUGAACUGAAGGAAGCCCCUACAAAGAAGUCAUCACCCCCUGCUGUCAAGAAAACGACCAAAAAGAAGAAAAAUGCUGGUUUUGGAGGUUUUGCUACAGGCUUCCUGAGCAACCCGCCUCCUAAGAAAAAGAAGAAGACCAAGAAGGAACCGGAAAUUGAAGAUAUCUCCCAUAUUAAGGCUAGUAAAGAAGAUAGUAAGGAAAGCCUAAAGUUCAAAGAAGUGCAGGAUAAUAUCAAGAAUAGUUCUGAAGAAUGGUGAACUCCUGACUUGCUUUCCAAGAUCAUUGGGAAUCCCACACUAAGGAAGGCCUUCACAGAUCCAAACUAUAAGCAAUGAAUAGAGAUGCUACAGAAAGAUCCUAAGGAAGCAGUAAAGCAGUAUGGGAGCAAUCCUGAAUUCGUCAAUAUUAUGACAGAGUUUUCCAAAAUGAUGGGCACUCAUAUGGAAAAAGUAGCUGAUGAGCAGAAGAAAAAGGCUGAGGAAGCAGACCCUGCUCUUGCAGUUAUUAAUAAUGACGAAGAAGUUAAGCAGAUAUUACAAGACCCAAAAGUAGAUGCCUUCCUCAGACACCUACAGACAUCAGGAGGGGCUGAUCUACACUAUGUCAUGCAAAACGAUCAUUACCUAGGAGAGAAGUUGAAAACUUUGAUUCAGAAGGGAGUUCUUAAUGUCCAGAGUACCCCCUUCUAG